CUGAGUACAUAGAGUACAUUGAGGUGUUUGGCCGAUUAUUGUACGCCGUUUAGUGAUUGAUUAAAAUAUUAAAGUCCUAUAACUUCUACAAUAAUUCAGACAAUUCUACGUUGGAGUGUACUAGCUCAAAGUAUUGUUCUAGUUUUACAGUUAUAACCGAUUUGCCGCAUGUUCGACGAUAACAAAAUGAACCAUCCUCAAGGGGAUAAUAUAUGCCCGCCGGCGCAUUUAAGAGUCAUAUUACCAGCGUCAAUAGACUCCAAUAUGCAGCCACAUUUCAUCGAUAUGAACAACACACAAGACAUACCCCCGCCGCAGGCCGACUUCUCGGCUCCGCCGCCGUACGAUGUGGCGGCCAACUCGAAGCUGCCCACUUACGAGGAAGUGCAGAGAGAGAAGCAGAUGGAAGGGGACGGGAUACAACAGAUACAAGGCCCCCUACCGCCGCCCCUCCCCACGUUCGCCGCGUUUGUCACAGUAGAGCCUGCAGAAGGCCCCGGCGAACAGCUGGACCCUGAGAACAGCUUGCUUGGCACUGAUGUCAUGUUCCUUACUUCGUUCUUCGUGGCAUUCCUUUUCAACUGGAUCGGGUUCCUACUCCUGAUGUGCUUCUGCCACACGGUGGCGUCCCGCUACGGCGCGCUGGCCGGCUUCGGGCUGUCGCUGGCCAAGUGGACGCUCAUCGUCAAGCACUCCACCGAGCUCGCCAGCCACGAGAACUCGUGGCUCUGGUGGCUCAUCAUGGCUUUCGGUAUCUUAAUCUGCGUGCGCGCCAUCAUCCAAUACCUGAACAUUAAACGCGGUUGGCGCCUACUCUCCGGCACAGCUCAAGAACGUCUCCUAUUCUUCUAUUGAUCUCGUUCACACCCGCUUACGACUACAUAUGCGAGAGGGAGACGACUAGGGUUAGUUAGCCUCUACUAGGCUAUAUGGUUAGCGUCGACUCCGGAACAGUGUAGUAAAAUCUCCUCUUCUACGGAUCUCGCUCACAUCCUCUUAUGUCGAGAAGGAGACGGAUAUGGUUGACCAACUUUUCCUUAUCAGCACUUUUACUAUAGAUCUUUUCAUGCGAGGAAGAGAUGGUUAUAGUUUUUGGUGUACUACAUCUAACUAGGAGUAAGUGUUUUUUCCUCUUUUAUUAGUUAUUCCUCGCACUUAAUAUGCGGAAGAGAGACGGUUGUACAUUGUUUUGUCGGUUGGUCCUUGGAGCGUGCAUGAGAAGAAAAAGGAUUCUUUUCUAGGUUUGUUCUACAAACGUUUUCUCUCCCACCCACUGAACUAAAGCAUGUACGGGAAAGAGAUAGGUAUAUGACUGGAUGCACUCAUAUUUUCUUACGGUGUGAGUAAUAUUCUACUAGCGUACUCCCUCGCACCUGCUUAAUUAUUCAUUUGUGGAAGCAAGACUGUUAUAAGAUCCAAUAUUGUCUGUGAAACUUUGAUUUUAAGUGUAUUUCUACGAAUGAAAUUUAAUAAGUGGCGUUUGAAUUAAAAAACGGGUUACUACUUUUUUAAUUUGUCAGGCUAACCAACUUUGUCGUAAAAACCAUAAAGAGCAUUUAAAACAUAUCCAUCUUAUUACUACUGUAAGGAUGAUAGUAUGUUUUCUUCUCUACUGAUAUGGUUAGCUAUUUGAAAAAUGAAAAUGAAAAAUGAAAUGAAAAAUGAAAUGAAAGAUUUAAUACAAAUUUAGCUCAAAGUGGCAUAAACCCUUCGGUACCUAAAUCAAUAUUGGGCUACUACAGAUAUAGGUGCCAAUUACUGGUAUACGGACGGAAAAUAUCUAUACGGACAAAGUUCCAAAAAUAUGUAUACACUACCUUGAUAUAUGGGCAAUAUGGUCGUGUAUACAUAUUUUUGGCUUUUUGUCCGUAUAAAUAUUUUCAGACGUGGCUGUACUUUUCAGUGUGUACCCUAUCUAACUUAUAGAUCCCACACGCAUUUUUUUUUUUGUUUGUAACUAAAAAAAAACGAAAAAAAUCGGGGCAAAAAAGAACGAAGGUAAAAAUAUUCCAUAAUGUCAAUAUCGGAGGAAAAUGGGGGAUUAUGUUUGUAUAGGAAAGCGGUCGUCCACUUUCCUCUCAAUAACAAUGUUAUUGUCAAUAAAGAUUGCCCGUCAAUAAAUAUUGAUCAAUAAAUAUCUUUCAAUCUUCGUGUUAUUGUUGUAAUGUAGGCCAGUAUGUAAAAAGAACCAAGGUAUGUACAAAUUGAGUGUAUUCAAUUUUGAACUCUAUUGGCGUAAGGCUAAGGUUUGUUUUAACUGUGAAUAUAUGUCUAUUGUCUAUA